AUGAGCAAACCCGACCUCGUCUACGCCGACGAGCGGCGCUUCCUCGACGAGCGCGGCUCCUCGGCCUCGCUGGCGCCCAACGGCGAGAACCCGGCCACGAUCAUGGAGAAGGCCGUGCGCGAGCGCAUCAUCGAUUCGUACUUUUACAAGGAGCAGUGCUUCGCCGUUAACGAGGCCGACAUUGUCGACCGCGUCGUCGAGCAUGUAAGCUUCAUCGGCGGUACCUACGGCGUCACCCAGAAGCCCACGCCUUUCCUGUGUCUGGCCUUCAAGCUGCUGCAGCUCGCGCCGUCAGACGAGGUGCUGGAGACGUAUCUCAAGUUUGGCGGGGAGAAGUUCAAGUACCUGCGCGCACUGGCGUGUUUCUACAUCCGCAUGACGAGGAAGGCGAAGGACGUCUAUCUUCUGCUGGAACCGUUCUUGGAGGAUCGCAGGAAGUUGAGGAGGAAGGGACGACAGGGGACGAGUCUGACAUACAUGGAUGAUUUCGUGGACGAUCUCUUGACCAAAACGAGAGUCUGCGCGACGAGUUUCAGGGAGUUGCCGAAGAGGUCUGACCUUGUGGACCUGGAUGAGCUGGAGGAGAGGAUCAGUCCGCUGGGGGACAUCGAUGAGCUGCUGGAGGAGGAAGAGGAAAGAGAAGCCAACGAGAGGGAGGCCAAAGCAAGGGAGAACGGCGCGGACGAGUCUGAGGGAGAGAUUGCAGAAGACAGAAGUGACGAUGGCGAGCCGAUGGAUGUGGAGAGACGGUCGAGGUCGCGAUCGAGGUCAAUAUCAAGAAGCAGGCAACGGUCUCCUUGA